AUGAAUUGCCCCUCCCGCACCGACAACACCUGGUUGCACGAUGACUGGAACCAGAACCCGCCCCGUUUCGCCCCGGACUUGACGACUCGCCAAGACCUCAUCGGAAUUUCAAACGCUCGUGAGAAUCAAUCAGAUGAGAAUGGAUUGGAUCUGCUAGAAAGUGGCUCGAAUUUUGCACAUCGACCGUCUCUGGGGAAAUCCGAUGCGAGCGAUCGCUCGCUUGCGCUAGGCGAGGCGUCCCUGACAAAGUCAGGUCGCCUCGCUUCUAGAAAGAGCCCAAUUGAAUUGGUCUCUCCGAAAGUAUCUCCAAAAAACAACAACUUCAUCUCAUCCCAACGCGUCAAGGACUGGGGACUAUGGCUGCUCUCGGUUGUUUGCAUGUCAAUUCUCAUCUCCCGCAUUGGUAGCAGCAAACAUACAAUCUCAGCCCAGCCACUUCUCGUCGAGAACUCGUCUAUCGAAAGAUCUUUUGUCGAGCCGGAGAAGCGAUCGCGAUGCGCUUCUGGAGGAGUCGGCGGCGAUACAUAUGACAUGCCGCUGCACGUUGCCGCGCUCUUCAUCAUCUUCUUCGUAUCGGGAUUUGGCUGUGCAUUCCCGAUUCUCGCAACACGCUUCCCCCGACUGCAUGUACCCGCUUCUUUCCUCUUCUUUGUGAGUCAUUUCGGAACCGGCGUUCUGAUCGCCACAGCUUUCGUACAUCUUCUCCCAACUGCCUUCACCUCCCUUGGAGACCCAUGCCUGUCCGACUUUUGGACAAAGGACUACCCGGCAAUGCCGGGGGCAAUCGCACUGGGCGGCAUCUUUCUUGUCACGGUUAUCGAGAUGGUUUUCAGUCCAGCUAGACAUGUCUGCCGGGGAGGAAAUCGAACCCCCAAAGCCGACCUUGACUCAACACGCUCUGACCAGAAAGAGUAUUCCUCUCCAACCGCAAAUAAUACCCACUACGCUAAUAGUCCAAGACCAGCCUCCUCCCAGCCGAUAGGGCUAGACGCUGGAUCCCAUCUGCGGGAUAUGGGUCCGCUUGUCGGAAGAUCAGCAAGUAUCAGCAGGGCCAUCAAUCGAAUGGGCGAAGGCAACGAGGAAAUCGUUCGAGUCGCAUCAGCUCCCAAUAUCCAAACUCAUCAUGAGAAGGAUAAUGGGACCAUUCACACCGACCUUGAGCGUGAAGACGACGCAUACACCCUGUCGCCAGAACAGAAGCAGAAAAAAGAAACGAUGCAAGUUUAUCUCCUUGAGAUGGGUAUUCUCUUCCACAGCGUUUUCAUCGGCAUGUCUCUUAGCGUUUCUGUUGGUAAGGAGUUUGUGGUCUUAUUAAUUGCCAUUGUCUUUCAUCAAACAUUCGAGGGUCUGGCAUUGGGCUCGCGAAUCGCCUCUUUGCCUUGGAGGAAGGACCAACUUCAGCCGUGGAUCAUGUCCCUUGCUUAUGGCUGCACUCCCGAUUCGGAGGUCGGCCUGCUCGUUGUUGGUUGCAUGAAUGCUAUCUCGUCUGGACUUUUGAUUUUCGCCUCCCUGGUCGAGCUCAUGUCGGAAGAUUUCCUCAGUGAUGAGAGCUGGCGUGUCCUUCGCGGGAGAAAGCGAGUGUAUGCCUGCAUUUUGGUCUUCUUGGGUGCCUUCUGCAUGAGCAUUGUCGGGGCUUGGGCCUAG